CGCGGUGUCCUGCGUAAGCGACGAAUACUACGCGACGCGACGCUGUGAACGCGACCAACACAUUCAAAUCAACGGCAUACCCUACUUACGGCCUAUGUGACAGUCUGCGGCGAGACGCGACGUCACGCGGACUUGUUUUGAGGGCGACCAGACGCGACACCACGAACUACGAAAUGGUUGAUUCUGAAGCGUUGAUCGCCGCAGUGCGUGAGCAAAGAUUGUUGUGGGACAAAAAACAUAAACAUUAUAGGAAUCGUUUAUUAGUACAAAAAAGUUGGAAGAAUGUUGCCGAAGCAGUAGAAUGCACGGCUGAUGGUGUAAAAAAGAAGUGGAAGAAUUUAAGAGAUUCCUAUAGCAGAGAGCUUAAAAAAGUAAAAAAGCCAAGAUCGGGUUCAGAUGCAGAUCAAAAUGGUCAAUAUCAAGGCGAUUGGCCACAUUUUGAAUCAAUGCAAUUUUUAAAAACCAUUUUGAAACCUCGUAAAACUACUAGUAAUAUUAAAAAUACAAUUUUAGAUGAAAGCGACAUUAUCGAUGAUAAUACAAUGAUGUCUAUUCUUUCUGACCAAACAUCAUACAAUACACAAACCGAUAAAUCGCAAUUCAAUACAGAUGAUACCAAUUUGGCAACAAUUUAUGGCCUUACGACUGAUGCUGCAACUGCACAAAAUGCUAUUUCGCCACAGAUACGAUAUGAUACCUCGACACCUGGACCGUCGCAUACCCCAUCCCGAGCUUUUGGAACGAUAGCUAAACAAAAGAUACAAGAAGGUGCAGCAAAAAGUAUUGAAGAAAUGUUAAUAACACUCGAACGAGAAAAAAUAGACCUAAUGAAAAAAGAUUUAAAUCAAGACGACGACGACUUGAACUGGUUCAAGUCUAUAAUGCCGUAUAUGAAAAAACUACCAUCUCUGAAUAAAUUAUUAUUUCGGACUCAGGUUCAGGAGAUGCUCAUCAACGAAAUAUCAAAACUGAACACCCCAUCAAACACAGAAUCUUCAAUGAUGGGUGACUUCACUUCUGGUGAUUCAAUUCAGUGAUAAUUUCAUAAUAAUUAAAAUAUUUUCAAUAAUAUAAAAUUAUGUAGUCUCAUUUCUAUGUACUCACCGCAAUGCCAAGAGUAAUCUUUCUUCAAUAGAAAUAGGAUUUUGAAAAUUUGUUGUUUUUAAUUGAAAUUCAGACUUAAUAUUAGCAAUAAUGUAAUCGAAAGUAGACGGUAACACUCCACAAUAUUGUUUAAACAUUUUAGAAUCGUUUCUUAAUUUUGGAUAUAAAUGAUGGAACUCGCCAAAUGUGUUUCUUUGUAAAAAUAUUAUAUUUGUUUUUUUUCUGUGCUUUUUACGAUAUUUUUUUAAAAGUCUAUAUUUUAAGUAUGAACUUUCGAGCAAAAUUGUACUGUACUUCUCCAUGAUUCGAGAAGUAAUGACCAAAUUACGUAGGACAUUUGUCGCGUGUAGCAUCGCGUCGCAUUACGUCGCGUCGUGUCGCGUCGC